AUGGACCCGACGCGUAUGGAAAAUCGCUCAUCCUCGGACGAAGAGUACGACUACCGCAUACGAGUGCUAGCGGAACGACAAGAUCUCCGUCUUGCCGCGUUGAAGGAAUACAACAGCAUGCACAAGCACACUCUCAGUCCUGACCAGUUGAAAUAUCACUUCGAUCAGUACGCAAGAUAUCGUCAUGAACAAGAGAAUUGGCGUUCUGACGAUUCUUUCCUUGAUGCGCUAUCACGCCUGCCAAAUUUGACUGUGGUUGAGAACACAAAGCAUGGCUUUGCUGACAACCAUCUUCGGUUUCCAUGGAAUCGGAUGAAGAAGGACAUACUCCUUACUCCGGACCAAUGGAUGCAUCUGAGUGCUGUAGAAGUCGACGACGACGAGGGACAUCGUGUCAUAGAUCUGGAAAGAGGUCUCAUCUACAUGAAGCACGUGGACUGUCUUCUGGCUGGGAUCGGACGUCGCGCAGCCUCCUCUCUAGUAUCACCGGUUCGGACUCUGCGUCUUGUCAAUAUCGGCGGACAACCACUUCUCGACAUGAGCGCGCACUAUACUAUGCCAGGAACCCCUGACUCCGAGAGCGCACCUGACAUGCGAAACGAGCUGCCUCAAGAGACCAUAUCAAACGCAUUACAAGGUCUGUCGCACUUAGAAAGACUAGAGCUGGACACGAAAUUCGAGACUGCGACCCCUUGGCAGACACGGCAACUUUUUCAGGAGAUCCAUGCUAUCUUGUCGGCAGCAGCACACUCUUUGAAGACCUUGAGACUCGAAUGCCGCGAUGAUGACUAUGCCUGGGCUGUCGUCGAGGAGCCCACAGAAGACGACACAAUCGCCCAUCUCGACAUUCCUAUACUGCCGCAAUUGGAAUCCCUACGAAUCAGUGUCAAUGCAACUGACGAAAGCCUGGUCGAGCUUCUUCGUGCGCAAUCGAAGACACUGCGCUGUCUGGAAAUUGUGGAUUGCAAUUUGGUCGUGGGCACAUGGAAUACCGUCCUUCGCCAGAUCCCAGAGAUAUUUGAUACCGGCUUACAACGCAUCUACCUGGAAGGACUGCACGACGAGGAUUAUUCGCUAGAAUCUGGCGACGAAGCCUUGUUCGAAGACGGCUUAGACGUCGGAGAAGGCGCGCAUCCUCACGAUCGUGCGAUCCUCAAGUAUUUGCUCCACGGUGGAGAGAUGCCCGAGCUGGAUUUCAACACUUGGUAUGAGCGCAAUCGCGAACUUGCCGACAGAGGCAUCACCGAGUGGGAAGACGAGCUCCUCGAUUCAGAAGUGCCUUAA